UAUUGCCGUACACGACGCAGUCGUUAAAUUCAAUUUUAUAAUUUCCACGCUUCCCGCGCGCAUGCGCAGCUUCAUGUACGAAUCUGAUACGAAUAAAUUGUUGGAGCGGUUGAUGGUAUUGUUCAACCUGGUGCGGUGCGGCUUCGUGUGCUAGAAAUAUUUAUACACACGCUAACAAAGUUCGUGCGUGCGGCACUUUGACAUUCGUUUGUUGUCAUCGACUCGCAACGGAGCUGCUAGCGUCGUUAUAGCGACUAAAUUGCGCAAUUCUCAACGCAGAUCCAACCACAACCAGUUUCGUUUCGUGCGAGUGGAAAAACAUCCACGUGCCUUAAGUUUUUUAGUGAUUUUCACGCAUUAAUAAACAAAUGGAGGAUUAUAAAAAGACGCCACCGCCGCCAUACAGUGUGGACGCGAAUUCCCCGCCACCUCCAGGUUUUUACAUCCCGCCGGAUCAGGACGUACCACCGCAAGUGUAUGUUGGUGAAAUUCGUGUCGCUCCAGUGCGUUUUGGACCUGAAUCACAAAGAUGCGUGUGUCCUCAUUGUCGACAAGGCAUACAGACACAAAUAAAAGCCGAACCAACCGGCAGGACACACUUAUACGCACUUGCACUCCUUUGUCUAUUUUGGCCUUGUAUGUGCCUGCCGUACUUCAUGGACUCGUGUCAGAAUCAAAACCACUAUUGUCCGAAUUGCGGUGCCUAUCUCGGAGUCUAUGAGAAUUAGCGCCGCCAUUUUGUGAUAGCUUGCGCAAUUAUUUUUUUACUACGUCACGACGUCAGCUUAGCAAUAGUUCCACGUAUAUUGUCGCAUAUUUGUUCAAUAACUGGUUUGCAUACCAAAUCGGUUGUUUGCUCUGUGCAAAAAAAGCAUAAGCAACUGCAUGCAUGCAACAACACAGACUUUAUUUCUUUAUUUCGUUAUCACGUCUAUAAAGCGAAGCAGUUAAACGGUACAUAUCACGUUUCGUAAAUGAAGCUGUUAACGGUUUGAUAAAUACAUAUUUAAUCUGGUUGAUAACCAAGUCAAACAAAAUGGAUUCAUAUACAGAAAUAGAAUUUGAUCACUGAUAGCAGAAUUUAUAAUUUAAACAUACACGUAACUAGAUAUUAAAUGUAAGGUUUUAAGAUUUACAUGAAUUCUUGGUAUUGUGAUAUUUUAUGUAUAUAGAAGUAGUUAUUAUUAGUGAAUUAGUGUAUUUUAAUGUUGAUUUUAUGUAUUUGGGCAGUUAAAUAUCGAUUGUAUUUGUGUUUUUAGGUUGCACAGUUCAAAAGUUACUCGUAUUUUUAUAAAAACUGAUAAUAAAUCUCUCCACUUGA